CACGACUUUGCUCCCUGCGCUCCCCCUCUGCAAAGCCCAACCCAAGGAGCAGCAGAGCACUCUGUAAGCGACACCAGUCUAAUUAAUUAAUGACUCCCCAGCGUCAGCUCUGCAACUGCCGGGCUAGAAAGGAAGGCAGUAAAGAAGGGAUGGGACAGCAGGCGACUGCUUCUGCUAAAUGCUGAACGGUGCCGACAGCGAGCUCCGUUAUUCAUUACCUCUCCGGCUUGGGCUACAGAGCGGAGCAAGCCGGUGAUACGCCCGCGAAGGAAGAUGGCGUGGGAUCCACCCUUGCAGCAUCCUCUCUCCUGGAUGAGGUGUUCCUCCCUCUUCUUGUCUUGCUCCAGAGCUGCCAUGGGACAGUUAAUUGAGGCCACCACAGAACCCCCAAAAAAGAAGCCGGACCCCGUGACUUCAGAGACAGUGGUGAUCUGGGGGCUGCGUCUCUGGCAGGUGAUUGGAAUCUUUGCCAUCUUUGUCCUGGCAGUCAUUAUCACCCUGUGCUGUAUCUUCAAGUGCCGGAUUCCCCGCACAAAGAAAGAGAUAGAGGCGCGAUACGCUCAACGGCAAGCAGCCAAGACGUACGCAGACAAACUGGAGACCGUGCCACCACUCAACGAGCUGACAGAGAUCCCUGGAGCUCAGGUGGCAGAAGAAAAAAAAGAGGAAGUCCCCACUGUAUCUGGAAAAGUGGACAAGGCACAGGGCAAGAAAGAUGGCUCCAAAGACUCCAAGAAGAAGGAAAGCGAAAAGGACCAGAAAGAAGGAUCCAAGAAAGAAGGGAAGGAUGGGGCCAAGAAGAAAGAAGGAGAAAAGGGCACUGGUGACAAGAAACAAGGUGGUGGAAAGAAAGGUGAAAAAGAAGCUGAAGCAGCAAAGUCAGGAGGAAGCACCAAAACUAAUGGCAAAGCUGGUGGGAAUGCCAAAACCCCCGCAAAGAAGAAGUGACCCUGCUAAAAGGCAGUGCUGACAGUCUUCACCUGACUUGGGGUGGAGGAGGGCACUGUCCAGUUGCUGUGGGUGAAGCACAGGGAGUAGAUAGGACAUGCUCCCUCCAUAUAUUCAGGCUGUUGAGUGCCACUGGAUGUACAGAUUUAUUAUCUUUUAAAGACCAUAUCACUGUUUUGUUUUUCCUUCCCCUCCAGCAAAGGAAAACCUGGCUAUGCAGUAGCUUGUAAAUAAAAUUUACUGUCUGUUAUAACAAGAACUGAAACCACACUGAAGCCUGGAGUGAGAACCAGGACUUUUGAUAAGUAUCGUAUUGCACAGAGACGAAGACCUAAACUAAUGAGGGGACAUGGUUCAUUUAAAAUAUGUUCUUCUUAAGGACCUCAUGGCUUUUGAUAAACAUUAAUUAGCACUCAUCUCCUAAAUAGGGCUUGCACAUGGAUAAUUUGAAUUACAUGAAGUAAUUUCUGGAUGCUAAAGCCCAAUGAAUGGAGAAAUCAAAGCAUUUCUAAGUCGUAGGUCAUGUGGUUUCCGAGAGAUGGCUUGGACACAUAGGAGAAAGCUUUCCUUUUUUCUCUUCUGCCUCUUUCAGUGAACUGCUAAAGGAAAAUGCUUCCCUAGAUAAAAAAGUGUGUAUUUCCCAGAAGACUUAUCCACCUUUUCUCUUUUCUAAUGAAAGACAUACAAACCAGGCUGUAGUAGGAGGCACAGAGAAUAAAAAAGUGGAUCGCAUCUGUGCUGCUGCAGGCAGUAGCUGUCCUCACUUCAUCAUCACUUCAGUGAGGUCCACAGAAGACGAGAGCCCAUGGGGAGAUGUGAAGGGGAUGUGAAGGUGCUCAACAUAUUCCAGCAGAAACUCAGCAUCUCAGCAGAGCCAGACUGAGUGCUUGCAUGCCUUCUCACUCGCUCUUUCUGAGCAGUCUUGAAACCAGAGCUUUUGACACACUUCAGUGCAGCUCCUGCUUCUCUCACCUCCUGGAGAAUUCUUGAGAGUAGUUUUAACAUCAGUGGCUUUUCUGCUAAUGUGUUUUGUAAAUACCUCAGCAGUUUAUGCCUGGAGAUCAACGGAUACUCGGUAUUUAGGCUGGCAAUUGCAAAACAUGCAAGCUAAGUGGAAAUAAUUGGCAAGCUAUCAUGAUGACUAAAGCUCUGUCAUCACCAUCAGACUCACUGGCUCUGAGCACAUGCGAGGGUGCAGGUUCAUCUACACCAUGAAGCCAAGAGGUAGUUAUCUCAAGUACAGGCUAUGAGGCUUACCCUAUGAAUCAGAUUUAUGUUAACCCAACUGUUUUCUGUCCCUGUGGUUACAACACAUGCAGUGAGCUGAUCUAUCACUGCAAAGACAGGUCCCAUUCAACCCACCUUUCCUUUUCCCUCUCCUCUCCUACCUAUCCCAUCCUGGCAGAAAAUGAACACUGCAAAAACAAAAAGAGUUUGCUGCUGUGUUAAUGAAGUCAGUCAGUUCAUGGAGGGUCCAAAAGGCAUCAGAGCUGGUGAAGGGACUUGGGGAGCAAGGAUGGGGCCAAGAGAGUGAAUGGUGACAGUUCACUGCCUCCAAGGAUGAUUUGUCAUGCCAGAGGAGUUUGGAGAAUUCAGGGAUGCUGCUAGAUGAGAAAUUCUGCCCCUAUGUGCAGACAAGUGAUUUGAGCCUUAAAUCUCCAUCAAUGGUAAUUGGAUACCCAAGAUGCAUGUGAGUAUAUACACUAUAAACACCUAGUUUUAAAUGCCUGAAUCACAGUCCCACAUCUAAUUUUUCAAUGGAUAAAAGUGGAUUAGCUGAGGGGAUUACAACUUCCAGGCAGGAGUGUAAGACCUGUUUUCAGGUGCAGAGGCUCAUAGCUGCUGCAAUUGCUCCUUAUGUUCCUCGGACUGGGAGAAGCCAGAGCAACAGAAGCAGCAUGCUCCCAUCUCAUCUUCUCUGCAUCAUACAGACCCUUGAAAGCAAAGAGCUUUUAACUUCACAAGAACAAGAGAGACUAAGUAACUUAACUGGAGUCACACCAUAAAGCAGUAUCAGAACCAGGACUUCAGCCCAAAUCUCUCAAACUCCAGACCUUAAGAGCAUCCCUCUCCCUCCUGCCUCUGAGCAACACUCCCUGACUUUGUCUCCAUCAGCCUGUACGGCAUCUGACACCUGCACUCAGGUCCUUGCUGUCCCACCACCCUGGUCUGUACACUUCAGGUUCUUGAUCUCAAAUGUUGCUUUCACUUCAUUUGAUAAAAAGGGAACUCUGGCACGGAGGAGCACCCACAAAAGAGUGAUGUAAAAGCCUUAGAGGAAACCUGAUGAGGUGUCAGUGCACAUGAACACACCUUCAAUUUUGGGAGCUGCAGAGACUCCUAGUGCCAGAGUUGACCAAAGCACAUUAAUUCCGAUAUAAAAAGGUGUUCUGGGUCAGUCAUCAUGUUACAGUCAUGUGCUUUCUUCUGUUCGCUCCCUGUUUAAUUUAUUUCUUUUGCAGGGCAUCAAAAAGAAGAGAAAUGAAAAAAAAUAUAUUGUAUUCAGACCAGGCCAUACUCUUUGCCUAUGUGCACAGAUGCUGCUCUCCUGGAAGUGCACAAGCUCGCUGUCCGGCACACCAUGUAUUUUGAAGGUUUGAUUGGGUGCUUAUGUCUUGUAAAGUCCACUUCAUGGGUGAAACUUCUGUAGGGGAGGAUCCAGCUGUGAUGUGGCCAGGAAGGACUGCUUCCAGGUCCUGUGGCUGGAAAGAUAUUGCGUGGUGUGGUGCUGUUAUCCUCCUGUUAAUGGUACUUAUGAUCAGCAGAAUAUGGAUGCUGACUCUUAUUCUCUCAAACUGUACCUAUUUGGUAAGAUGGAAGAGGACCAGAUAUGCACAUGGUCUGAAAGCUCCAGUGAUGAGAAUCUGUCCCUUCACUUCUUCAGUAAGCUCAUUAUCACAGAGUAAGAUAGCUUUUUCCUUAACCCUCUUCCCCAAAGACUCUCUGCCAAAAUAAAAUAAAAUAAAAUAAAAUAAAUGCUGCA